AUGCAACAGGUAGCGUUUGACAAAAUCAAAGGAGAUCUGGCCUCACAGAGAGUGCUGGCCCAGUACCGUCCCCACGCUAAGACAAAAGUAUCAGCAGAUGCAUCAUCCUUUGGGCUAGGGGUGGUCCUCACACAGAUGCAGGACAACAUGGAGUGGCGUCCAAUAGCAUACAUCUCCCGAAGCUUAUCCGACACAGAGCAAAGAUAUGCUCAAGUGGAGAAGGAAGCGCCAGAGUCCAGUGUGUCCAGCCAUCCCCACACCUCACCCUUCUCCCUGGGUAAUCGUGAGCUCACCACUGUGUCCCUGAAAGUGACAGAGGAUAGCCCGCUAUGCCACAAGCCCAGAGUGAUCCGCAGCAGUGCCCGCUUCGGAGUGCCCAGCCACAGCCCUUUCUUCUGUAGGAACAACCCCCACCCACAGAGGGUCAGGCACAUCAAGGGUAUCAAUGACAAACAAAUCUGUGCUGUCAAUGAUGUCACCUUUGGCCAGUUUCCCCAGUACUGCUUGGGCAGGGUCCUGACCCUUGAGAAGAAUCUGGUGUUGCAGUCAAACAUACCGACAGCGGCCAUCGGCACCAACAGCACCUACCUCCCUAUUGACGUCCUCACGGGCCUCCAGUUCUUCCCCCUGAAGCAGACGGAUUCCCCCUCUCUGAGGUUAUUGACCGAGGCCUGGCGUGAGGAGUUGCGAGAGUUGACAGAGAGGGCAGGGCUUUUGGGAGCAGGUGGAAGAGGCAAUGGUGUCGCCUUCUUUCCCCAGUCCAGCUGUGUGUCAGCCCUCGGGGGGUCUAGAGAUGACAGAGAGGGGAACCUUAAACUACAGCUGAUGGUGAUUGAUAUGUUGUGUCAGAUACUGCAAACUGAGUCUAUAGGAGAUGUCCAGCAAUGGAUUCUGACAGCUGGUCAAAGAGAAAAGGACCAGAUUCUAAGUCUGCUGUCUUCCGCCCUGGCAAAGGACCCUGUCUCAGCCUAUGAGGCGCCGGGAAGAGAGCAGCUGACAGUGAAGGAGGUUCAAAACCUCCCUCCUGCCUCCAGAAUGGCUUCGAUCAGUGAGGAGGAUACCACCAGAGAUCAUUCCCUAGAAAUUAUGCCAAACUGUGACUUAGGUAAACUGGAGGAUGCAGGCACAGAGAGGGCAGAGUCCAAGACCCACAGGCAGAGACACAUUGCCAGACCCCUGAGUACCCAGAGGACCCUGUGUAGCCCCACCGUGUGCCACCUCAACCAAAAGGUGGUCCUACGUUACACCAAGCGGGCCCUGAUGCCUCACACACCACCUGAAGUGUUCCAGGCCGAAUGGCCCAACUAUACCCAGCAGGCACCUGGCUCACUUGUGACAUAAAAGACAACUCUGGCAAUACACCUGGGGCUGGUUCAGGAAGUUGCAACGUUACUGAACGUUCAGAUAGAAAUGUAUGAUGUAGAAUAGAUACCAUUGUCUGUCAUGUUGAAUAGGUUAUUGUAUCAGCUCUAGUGAUUCUAUUCAUAUCUGCAACACUCUGAACGUUGUGCCCUAAUGAAUGAACCCCUCCUGUGCAUCUCAAUAGACCUCUUAUUCAGCAAUCGGUCAUUUUGGUAGUCAUUUUGUUCUGAUUUGGUUUGAAUUAGAUUUUGAAUUAGUUUCAUUGAGGUGGAAAGGGAGUUAAAAUGGGAUUUGAGUAUAAUCAUUAGUUACAACAAUACUUUUUACACUGUAAUGACAUAAGUAGUUACACAGUAAUAAUGGCAAUGUAACGUAAGUGUUACCACAUACUGCACCACUACUAGUAUUUCUAGACUGACAAUUGUUCACACAAAUAUAAUAACAUCAUCUGAAAGACUAUAAAGACAAUAGGAUCCGUAGUCAAUAUAUCUGUAUAUUUAUCUCACUCAUUUCCCGAAUGCAUGAAAAAAUAAAGUGAAUCAAUGAAUGCUUAUUAAUGAAUACAAUAGACUGUGUACUACUCCCUUCACAGAACAGCGCAAACUGGCUCUAACCAGAAUAGAAAGAGGAGUGGGAGGCCCCGGUGCACAACUGAGCAAGAGAACAAGUACAUUAGAGUGUCUAGUUUGAGAAACAGAUGCUUCACAAGUCCUCAACUGGCAGCUUCAUUAAAAUAGUACCCGCAAAACACCAGUCUCAACGUCAACAGUGAAGAGGCGACUCCGGGAUGCUGGCCUUCUAGGUACUUGUUCUCUUGCUCAGUUGUGCACCGGGGCUUCCCACUACUCUUUCUACGUCACUCGCUCUGAGACCUUGAAAUAGUGGUUCCCCUUGCUCUGCAAGGGGCUGCGGCUUUUGUGGAGCAAUGGGUAAUGAUGCUUUGAGGGUGACUGUUGACGUGUGCAGAGCGUCCCUGGUUCGCGCCCAGGUCGGGCGAGGGGACAGACUUAAAGUCUAUACUGUUACACUAACAUAAUUGCAAAAGGGUUUUGUAAUGAUCAAUUAGUCUUUUAAAAUGAUACAUUUGAAUUAGCUAACACAACGUGCCAUUGGAACACAGGAGUGAUGGUUGCUAAUAAUGGGCCUGUGUACUCCUUUGUAGAUAUUCCAUAAAAUAAAUCAGCCGUUUCCAGCCACAAUAGUCACUUACAACAUUAACAAUGUCUACACUGUAUUUCUGAUCAAUUUGAUGUUAUUUUAAUGGACAGAAAAUGUGCUUUUCUUUCAAAAACAAGGAUAUUUCUAAGUGACCCCAAACCUUUGAACUGAAGUGUAUA